UAUAUUUCCUCUUUGAUUCUGUCACAUGCCCUCGAUGAAAAGUUUCAGUUUGCUUUGUAGACUUCAAACUCUGGCAGCAAAGAUGUCAAAGGGAAAUCAAACAGAAAACGUGGUACGAAUUAGUCAUUCUCUCAAUGAGUCUGAGAAAGAUCAUGUGGGCAGCAGAAGAGAAUCAGUUCUUCAAUGUCUACUAAAGCAUGACAUACACUGUAAACUGGAGGAGGUACCCAAUAUUGCACUGUUGGGUUCAGGAGGUGGUGAGAGAGCUAUGAUCGGUUUAAUGGGUUCACUAGUCCAGCUGUAUAAAGAGGGUCUAUUGGACUGCAUGCUGUAUCUGGGCGGGGUCUCUGGAUCUACCUGGUGCAUGGCAUCUUUAUACAAAGAACCGGAUUGGUCCUGCAGGCUGGAGGAAGUGAAGAAUGACAUCAUACAGAGACUUACUGGUAAUGGAGUCAGUUUUAAGGACAAGCUGUCAACACUUAAAAAAUACUACAAGAAAGACAAUUUCAGUUUGACAGACGUCUGGGCAGCAUUAGUAAUAAGUGAGAUAGUAAAAGAGAUAGAUGAGCGUCCUCUUUCCCAUCAGAGGAGUCAACACGGCAAAGAUCCUUAUCCCAUCUACACUGUGAUCGAUAAGUGGAGCAAUCGUGCGAAAAUGGAAGCAGAUGUCUUUUUUGAGAUCACACCACAUGAAGUUGGCUACUCCAUCACCGGGGCCUUUGUAGAUUCCUCCUGUUUUGGAUGUCAGUUUGAUGAAGGGGUUAUGAUCAAGAACCAGCUGGAGAUGAAAAUGUUGUACCUUCAAGGUCUGUGUGGGAGUGUUUUUGCGGACCCUGAAAAAAUACUGAAGGAGCUCUUAAAAAUAAUAAAGAAGCUCUUUUGGCUGGAGUCAGAUGGGAUGUGUAACCAGGCAUCUUCAGGAAACCAAUCGGACAUCCACUCGCUCAGCCCUUCACAUGUAAAAGAAGUCUUCCAGAUGACUUCAACGCUUGUGGAACUGAAUCUUUCGGUCUUCAGAGAGGAGGACCCUUCAGCUCACAUUGAAAUCCUGCAUAAACUGCUAAGAGGAAAGCUGAACAAAGAGGAAACCAAGACAGAAAUUACCUUACAGAUUAUUUCAGAGGAAAUAGUUAAGAAGAGCAUUCCGGAACAAACUCUGUAUGCAUGUGAGCAGUAUUCAGACUGGCUGCAGAAACAUCUGAAUCAUAAAGGUGCAUGGAUGGUUGUUAUUAAAAGCAUUGAGUUAGUUACUCGUUGGAUCUGGGGCACAACAUAUAACUUUCUCUACAACAUGACAGCACAUGAGGUUUCUCCCCAAAUCCUAAAAGAGAAAACAAGACAUUAUGAGGAUGCUGGAAUCUUCAUCAACUCUCCCUAUUUCUCAGUGUUGAGGAAAGAGAGACAGAUUGAUCUGAUCAUCUCUCUUGAUUUUAGUGAUGAUGACGACCCAUUCGAGACAGUGGUUCAGACUGCUGAAACGUGCAAAAAACUACAUAUCCCAUUCCCUGAUGUUCAAGUAUCUGAUGAGGACAAACACUCUCCAAGAGACUUUUAUGUGUUUGAAAGCCCCAAUUCACCGACUGUGAUUCAUAUUCCUCUUUUCAACGUUAUUAAUUGUGCAGGAGAAUUUACAAAGUGGAAGAAAAGAUACAGAACCUUUCAGCUACCUUACAACCAUGAAAUGAUCCAUGAUCUGCUGGAGAAAGCUGAGAUAAACAUCAAAAAUAUCAAAGUAAACUUACUGAAAGAGAUUCAGAAAAUCAUUAAUAGGAAAUCGACCAAUCUAGGCUAAUGUUUGACUUGAAGGCAUCUCUAUGUGCACUCAAAAAUACUUUACUCACCACCAUGCCAUCCCAUGUGUAUUUGACCUUCUGACUUCAAAUGAACAUAUGUUAUAUUAAAUAAUAUCCUGGCUCUUUUUUGCUUUGCAAUGCUACUGAAUUGUGGAUGUUUUGUAGGUUUAAAAAGCAAAUACACUGUCAGAAAAAAGGUUUAAAACUGUACCUUUUUUGUCGCUGAGAUGGUCCCCUAAAGCAGGGGUUUUCAAACUGGGGGGGGGAGCGAGAUGGUGCCAGGGGGGCCCCAGUUUUAUGACAUUUUAUAAAAUACAUUAAUUUAUCAUGAAUUCUGUGUAAUUACCCUACUGAAAAACCCAGCAAAAACGAGCAUAAGCUGGUAGCUGGUUUUAGCUGGUUGUAGCUGGUUUAAGGUGGUUUAUGCUGGACCUCCCAGCCUGACAAAGCUGGUCAUGCUGGUGGGCCAGCUGGUAUUCCAGCAUGACCAGCAAAGUCCAGCUAGACCAGCUUAAAAUGUGACCAAAACACAGCUAGACCAGCUUGCUACACCAGCAAAACCAGCUUCCUACACCAGCAAAACCAGCUAAAACCAAGCUGGGGACCAGCUAAAACCAGCUCACCAGCUUAUGCUGGUCUUAGCUGGAUUUUUCAGUAGGGUAAACAUAAAAAAAUAAGGCUACUAACCAAAAAGCACUACUUUUUUGUAUAAUUUAAUAUGUGUUUUAGUAAAAUGUUGAGUUUAGAACAGUUUUUUGUCACAAAUUUUCUUUGGGGGGCCGCGAAGGAAUGCACCAUACACAAGGGGGGCCACACGCUGAAAAAGUUUGGGAACCACUGCCCUAAGGUACUGUUUUGUACCUUUACAGGUAUACUAAACAUAAUACAAUGUUGUACCUUUUGGGGUACAUUACUGUACCUUAAUGAUCUAUUGUGUACCUUUAAAGGUACCAUUCUGUUUUGUACCCCUAAAAUUUAGCUGGUACAAAAUUGUUCCUUAAGGUACACAAGGGUAUAAUAUUAUGUGAAUAUACAUUUCAAUGUGUUUUAUACCCAUAAAGGUACAAAAAAUGAUGACAGAAUUUUCAUUUUUGGGUGAACUAUCCCUUUAAACACCAUACAUUUUCAUUUUUCAUUUAAAAUUGUAAUACUGAUUUUUUUCUUCUAAAUUGUUGGAAAAAUAUUUAAAGAUUCAAUGAUUUGUAAUGUCAUACUCGAGCUGUCCAAUAGAGGGCAGCACAUAGUAAGAAAGAGUAAUAAAAACCAUAAAAAGCGA